AUGUCAUUUGCCUUUGGAUUCACUGAAGAAGACUUCAGUGAUGAUGAGCUUGAUCAUUCAAAGUUUCCAAAAACCACUAAUUCUGAAAACAUACCGAGAAAUAACUCAAAAACUCCUGCAUUAGAUAAAUUAUCUUCAUAUAUCGAAGAUAAGCAUCUUCCUCAAAUCCAUAGUUUUCUGGAACUAUUAUCCAGCUUGAAGGAUGUUCGAAUAACAUUUGACAAUUAUUACACCCCUAGAGGUAAAAAUCUUGUAUAUAGAAGAGAAUUGUUUGAUGUUAAGCAUCAAAUAAUGACCGAAGAUAAGAGUGAGAUUGAUUCAGAUGCUAACACUAUCUUGAUUGAUGAAAAUUCAAGUGAUUUACAAAAAAAUGUAUACGAAGGUGGAUUCAAGAGUUGGGAAUGUUCAUAUGAUGUCAUUGACAAGUUAUCUGAAUCUAUCAAUGUUGAAAAUAGUGAUGAUUCAUUAUUAAAUAAAUUCAAUUCAUUUUUAGAUUUAGGAUGUGGAACAUCACUUCCAUCAUGUUACUUAUUUUUACAAAUUUUACAACAAAAAUCAACAAAUAAAAAGAUAAUCUUAGCCGAUUUUAAUUAUGACGUAUUGAGGUUGGUCAGUUUACCUAACUUGUUAAUACAUUGGGCAUCAACAUUACCCGUAGAAAAAUUGUAUGAAUUGACAACUUCAGAAGAAAAUCCUACGUUUAAUAAUGAUGAAAUUUUAAUAACUGAUCGAUUAAUUAAUGAGUUCACUCAUGACCUACAAACUCGUGAUAUCGAAUUAGUAUUUAUUUCUGGCUCUUGGAGUAAACAAUUCAAUUCUAAGAUUGAAUAUUUGAAGGUGGAUUACAUAAUCAGUUCAGAAACUAUUUAUUCACUUGAUAGUUUACCUAUUGUUGCAGAAUGUUUAAUUGAGAUUCUUGAAUCAACAGGAAACGGUCAGGCUUUAAUAGCUGCCAAGAAUAUAUACUUUGGAGUUGGAGGUUCAAUUAUAGAGUUUUUACGUUACUUCGAUGAGAUAAAAGGUAAACUAUUUACUAGUAAAAUUGAAGAGAUAAAUGAAUCUCAAUUGCGGAGAUCAAUAGUUACUAUAACAAAAAUCUAA